UUUUUUUGUUCUUUCUUCUGCAAUCGUUUGUUGCUCGAACCCUCGCCGGAAUGGAGCCGCCGCAGACGAAGGGAACAGUGACGCCUCUAGCGUCGCUGUUCUCAGAGCAAGAGGCACGGAAAGCAGCGAGCUACGUGGAGGAGAGAAUCAGAGAGAAGCGGGAAGAGAUGAAUCGUCUUCAAGGCUUCGUCGACGAGAACGACAAUCUCAUCAGUCUCGUCAAGAAGCUCCCCGAGAAGCUCCAUCACAACAUCAUGGUUCCCUUCGGUAAAAUAGCGUUUUUUCCAGGUCGGUUGAUUCACACCAACGAGUGUUUGGUGUUUUUGGGAGAGAAUUAUUAUACGGACAGAACAUCGAAGCAGACCGUUGAUGUUUUGAGGAGAAGAGACAAGACUUUACAGUCUCAGAUUCAUUCACUUAAAGCUGAGAUUGAUGAUUUUCAGACGGAGGCUUCGUUCUUUGCUAAUACUGCUUCAGAAGCAGCGGAAGGAGUUCUUGAGAUUAGAGAAGAGUACGAAGAAGAAGAAGAAGAAGAUUCUGGAACUGUGCUUCAGCGAGGUGUUGAGAAAGAGGCUUCUGGUGUUACUGGAGGAGAGGCGGGAGAAGGUGAAGAUAAAGACGAUGAGUUUGCUCGAAUCAUGUCCAGGUUGAAUGAACUUGAAAUGGAAGAAGAACAGGAGGAGGGUGAGGAUGGGGAUGAUGGAAGUGUGGAGGAGAGGGAGCUCGAUGUUGUGAAGGGUCUUGGAGAUAAAACAGACGACAAUGGGAUUGGAUACGAGGAAUCUGUUCUUGAGAAGCCACAAUAUCUCCAAAAAGAAGAUCAACCGCGUGGAGGAAUCCCCCAGCAAAACGCUGAAACAUGGAGAGACUUUCAAGCAACAUCCGCUGUUUCCAGAUCAAAAGCAAGUUCCAGUGUUGUAGGUCCACAAAAGAUUGAGUCACCUAUACAAAAACCAGAGGCCAAGUUUGAUACUAACAAGGCUUUUACUGGAUUGAUCGUAGAGCACACCCAUAAUCUAGAAACCAACACCCACGGCAAAAUGCAGCCUUCAGGGUCUCAGCCAUCAAAACCGGUUUCAAGAUUCAAGGCACAGAGAAGGUAGCAAGCAAGGAGUGAGGUCUAUGUACAAUUUUGUUUUGGUUUGGUUUCUGAUAUGUAAGAAGUAAGAACACAUACAUGUGUGUGCAUCUUAAUAUCAGGAAGUUUGAUACUUGACUAUGUCUUACAAGGUCUGUUUGAAAGUAUGUAAUCAAUCGCAGUGCGGGAGAGAAAUUUGAAAGAAAGUUGUGAUUUUGAGA